AGAGCGAGACAAAAUGGAGGAGUUACCUGUUUGACGGAGGAAAGGAAAUAUAGGAUAACCACUGUAUCGGCCACACCACUAUACUAUUGCUUAAGUUGUACCGUGUGCGUUUUUGUUACUGCGACCACUCCAUUCGUAGUUUGUAAGCCACGUUUGAGCUGUACACCGUUUUGGACGGAUUUCCAAAAUGGCUCUGACUGUCUUUGUAUACGCCCUCAUGCUAACAGGCUCUGCCAUGGCUAUCACGGUAAACUGUCCGACCAAGAGGUAUGUGGUCAUCCUGUUCCAGCCGGUCACCCUCACCUGUAACUACCAGACGUCCUCCACGCAGCCUCCGGUGGUGACCUGGAGGUACAAGUCGUACUGCCGUGACCCCAUCCAGGCGGCGCUGAACCCCAGCAGCGCAGAGAACGCUCUGGCCCAGGCCAACCCCAACUACAACCCCAACAUCGAGUGCGCAGACAGCCUGCGCACCGUGCGCAUCGUGGCGUCCAAGCAGGGCAGCGCAGUCACCCUCGGGGAAAUGUACCAGGGCCGCAAGAUCAGCGUCAUCAACAACGCGGACCUGAACAUUGCGCAGACAGCCUGGGGGGACAGUGGGGUGUACGUGUGCUCUGUGGUGUCCUCCCAGGACCUCACCGGAAACAGUGAGGACUACACAGAGCUCAUCGUGCUGGAGAGAAAGUCUAAUACUACAGAUCUGCUGCCUGGCAUUGACUUACUGGUCAUGGAAGAUUGGCUGCUGGUGGUGUUGGUGGUGUUCGGUUUCCUGUUGCUGUUGCUGUUGAUUGGUAUCUGCUGGUGCCAGUGCUGCCCCCACACCUGCUGCUGCUACGUCAGCUGCCCCUGCUGUCCCGAGCGCUGCUGCUGCCCCCGAGCACUGUAUGAGGCCGGGAAGGCGGUUAAAUCAGGCGCCAUGAGUCAGUAUGCCGGCACGGUCUACGCCCCCAGCAUGUACGCCCAGCCGCCGUACAUGGGGGGCGUGAACCCCCCCGUGCCCAUGCUGCCGUUGCCCCCCACCGCUGCAGUGCCGCCCAACGGCUACCCCCGCGAUUACGAUGGAGCCAGCUCAGUUGGCCAGGGUUCCCAGGUGCCUUUGCUGCAGGACAGUGGUCCAAACUCAACACGCAGUGGGUAUCGCAUCCAGGCCAACGCGGACGGCAACCCCACGCGUGUGCUGUACUACAUGGAGAGGGAGCUGGCCAACCUGGACCCGUCGCGCCCGGGAGACUCGUCUGGGAAUUAUAACCGCUUGGAAGCCAUGAGCGAGGUGAGCUCUCUGCAUGACGAUCUGGACCCCCGGACGCGUGGCCGGUCCCAGCCCCCCCCUCUGCCCACUGUCUUCGACCAGGAUGAGAACAUGAGCACCAUCAGCAGCGUAUCCCAGCAUGCUCGACGUGAUGGCUACCCCAGGCGGGGAGGAGGGGGAGGGCCCUCCGCGGGGUACCCGCCAGCCCGCGGCCGCGCCCGCUCUAUGGACAACUUGGAUGACAUCGGCCGUGGUUACCGUGACGACUACUCGCCCCAGCGGCGUGAGGGGGGAGCCAGAGGAGGCAGGAGAGGGUCUGACGACGAGUGGAGCAGCAGCGGGCGUGGAGGCUACGACCGUAACUAUGACGACCGCAGGAGACACGACUACUCUCCUGACAGGCAGCAGAGGGGCGGGGCCUACCAGGCGAGGCGCAGCCGUAGCCGUGACGACCUGAUGGACCUGGAGAGGGAUCGCGGGCGGGGGGGACGGGACGCCUAUGACGACAGCUUCCUGCAGGAGGCGCUGCAGAGGAAGAAGAUGGGGGAGCAGCAGCGAGCGCGCAGCCGGGACAGGCUGGACAGCGAGAGUGACCGCUCGGAGCGCGGCAGGGGGGCCCGGGGCCCGCCCCCCCUCCCCGCGGCCCCGCCCGCCGGCCCCCCCGCCCGCCGCCGGUACAGCGACGAUGGCUUCCCACCCCCGCCCCCGCCCUACAGCGAGGACGAGAGCGUGACGUCCUCCAAGAAGAGCAACCUGCGUAAGAACGGAGCGGUGAGCCGGGAGAGUCUAGUGGUGUGAGCGGAGUCUGACCGCCGGCUGCAGCUCCGUGCCAAAGGGCCUCACAGCGUGAGCACAGCAGAACUUUGCCAUGUUUUACUGGGAGAAUUUCACUCCCACAUUAAUGAUCUCGGUCCAAUAACAGUUUUAUCAGAGCUGGAGACUCCAGCUCUGUGUGUGUAUAUGCAUAUAUAUAUAUGGGGGAAUACAGCCAAGGGGAUAUAGGAGUCUCAGUGUAAAUGCCUUUAAUCCAAAGCUCACCUAACCUCAGAGCAUUUUGUGUAAUUGUUCUUAUAUUUUUAGAAUAUUUUGAAAUGAUAACUUGUUACUGUUUUUUAUUGUUUGUAAAAAGUGGACCUGAAAGCUAUGGCGUUUUAAUAUUUUUUAAAUAAUACUAUAAAUUCAAUGCUUAAAUAUUGGCAGUGUGCAUUUGAAAGUGCUAGUAUUGCGCUGUGUUGGAUGCUUGUGUUGUUUUUUUAGUCUUAUGGAUGUGCAAGCUAAAUUUCCUCUGCUUGAGAAUGAAAAAAGUCUGUUGUUCAUGUAACGUUCUAUUUUGUGUCUUGGCAUAAAUGUUUGUACAGUUUACUUAUCAAGCUCACACUCAGUAGACUAAUUCUGUGCUUCCUGUUGUACAACAAACUACAGUUUCCAAUAAAGCAUUUUUUUUUUUACAAAG